AUGGUUCCACUGUUAACUGCGUUUUGUGUUUCGGCAUGUUUGAUAAAUCUGACUAUUGCAGAGUCAGAGGCAUCCAACACGACAGAAAACACAGGUGUUGAGGAACCACAGCUGCCGCAGCUUGGUACAGAUUCUGUUGUCCUAAGACAGCUCUUAAAUCAAGAAACCUUAAUUCGAAUGUCCUUGACCAAAAAUGUCCAUGCAAUGAUGAAGGACAUGGUGUCCUUUAAAAAAACUGCUUUGUCUUUACAAAGCGAGAUGUCGACUGUUAAACAGACUGUUGGAGAUGAAAAAAUCAAGAUGGAGAAAGAAAUUGAGGCGCUCAAGGAUGAAAUCCAACAGUUGAAAGAAAGAAAUGAGGUUCUUGAAGACAGACUUUCGGCGCAAAAUUUAACAGACUUCAGGUUGCGUGCUGAACUUGAAAAGAACUUGGAAGAUCGAAAAAGACUUGAAAAAGAUCUGCGUGUUGGUCAAGAAAACUUUGAACGGAAUACAAGCGAAAUACUCUCCGAUAUAAAGAUACAAAUACGUGUAUUGUCAAUGAGUCUCAUGGAGCUGAAUAAGCAUGCGCAAGAAAUCGACAAGACGGUACCAGAACUAAUAGAGAACAAGUACCACGUGGUCUCUGAAAUGAUUGCCAAUGUUUCAACCUCUCUGUUAGAGGAAACAAACAGGAGUCUGGGUAACAUUAGAUCAGAUUUGUCGGAGACUCAGCUUGACCAGUUAAAGCUGUCUGCCGCCGUCUUAUCUCUAGAGUGGUUCCGGAACAAUAUUUCAAGUGGAGGUUUUGAUGUCAGCGAGAGAAUCGGCUUUACCGUUGGUACUACAUCAGGCAAUAGGUACUGGGGAUCCGGAAAGCUUGUCUUCUCAAGUGUAAUCUUCAACCAGGGGCAGGGAUACGAUGCGUCCUCCGGAAUUUUUACAUCCCCCACAGAUGGUACUUACGUCUUCUACGUCACAAUCACAGCAUACAGCUCAAACACAAUUAAUGUGGAUAUCGUACAUGACAAAGUAUCCAAGGUCAGAGCUCAUGCGUAUGGAUCCACCUCCCACCAGACGGGAACCAAUAUGGCGGUUCUAACUUUGAGCCGUGGAGACAAAGUCUGGGUACAGUACGCAUCAGGUGGAGGCUACUACUCUGAAUCUGUCCCUGUAACCACCUUCAGUGGAUUUAUGAUUUGACAGCAAAAAUAAUUUCUCCAGGUUU